UGGAGAAUCACGUUCGUUCUCUCAUAUUAUUUUCGUAUAAAAAAUUUUCCAAGUUGACGUUGAAUGGCGACUUACGAAAGAUAAUCCGUUCGGGCAUACUGACGCAAUGUUUUAUAAAAAAAAUGACAACGGGCGUGGAAUCUACGUGAUUUGAAGAAAAAAUCGAGCUUAUGCGGUGCAUAAUUAUGUGAUUGAAUGUGAAAGAUUGUAGCGUAAAAAAAUGUUUCACCACGAAUAUGAGAAACGGCUGUUGAAGUCGAGUAGCGAAAGUCAUAUAAAUAAUCCGGCGGGUCCCGGACUACAUUCAUCAGUAUAUUUCUCGCCGACCAAAAUGCUUAACAAUAGCUUCGAUCGAUUUAUACCGACAAGAUCUGGCAAUAAUUGGCAAACAACAUUCUCAAUGAUAUCGGAAAACAAUCGGAACGGUAUAGUUACGAAAAAAGCACGCGAAAAUGGAGAAGGUAGCCGCGAUGGUAUUGCUUAUUCGUGCCUUCUGAAGAAUGAACUGCUUGGAGCGAGCAUAGAAGACGUAAAAGGACAGUGCGAAGAGCGAAGAGUAUUGUCGCCGUUAGUUACCAAAAAUCUCUUCAAAUACACAACACCUAUGAAAGAUCAUACGCUGCUCGAUCAAAGUUCGCCGUAUUCUUUGUCCCCAUUGAGUGCCAAAAGCCAAAAACUUCUAAGAUCACCGAGGAAAGCAACGAGAAAGAUUUCAAGAAUACCUUUCAAAGUACUCGAUGCUCCAGAAUUACAGGACGACUUUUAUUUAAAUCUUGUCGAUUGGUCCUCUCAGAAUGUUCUUAGUGUUGGACUGGGUAGCUGUGUCUAUUUAUGGUCUGCUUGUACCAGUCAGGUUACCAGAUUAUGUGAUUUAUCCAAUGAUGGCAACAGUGUAACAUCAGUUGCCUGGAACGAAAGAGGAAACUUAGUUGCAGUAGGUACGCAUCUAGGCUAUAUUCAAGUUUGGGACGUAGCUGUGAGUAAACAAGUAAGCAAGUUACAAGGACAUAGUGCAAGAGUUGGGGCAUUAGCAUGGAAUGGCGAAGUUUUAUCGUCUGGCAGUAGAGAUAGGUUGAUAUUGCAAAGAGACGUUAGAACACCUUGUGUCGUUAGUGAAAGACGUUUAGGAGCACACAGGCAAGAAGUUUGCGGACUAAAAUGGUCGCCGGAUAAUCAAUAUUUAGCAUCUGGCGGUAAUGAUAAUCGUCUUUACGUGUGGAACUUACAUUCCCUUUCGCCGAUACAAACUUAUACAGAACAUUUGGCGGCUGUUAAAGCUAUUGCAUGGUCUCCGCAUCAUCAUGGUCUAUUGGCCUCUGGUGGUGGUACAGCAGACAGAUGCAUCAGAUUUUGGAACACAUUAACUGGCCAACCGAUGCAAUGUAUUGACACCGGUUCUCAAGUUUGUAAUUUGGCAUGGAGUAAACAUAGUUCAGAACUAGUCAGUACGCACGGCUAUUCUCAAAAUCAAAUUCUGGUUUGGAAAUAUCCAAGUUUAACCCAAGUUGCAAAAUUAACAGGACAUUCUUAUAGGGUUUUAUAUUUAGCUAUGUCACCAGAUGGCGAAGCUAUUGUGACUGGUGCUGGCGAUGAAACUUUACGUUUUUGGAAUGUGUUUAGUAAAGCACGUAGUCAAAAAGAAAAUAAGUCUGUAUUGAACCUCUUUACUAGUAUUCGAUAGAUCGAUAUAUAUAUAUAUAUAUAUAUAUAAAGGAUAAAUGGUUUUAUGUAUAAUACACACAUACACACACACACACAGACAGAGAAAUUGCACGAAUAUAGUAUUCUAAAAAAAUUAUAAUGUGUACAACAUAGCUAUAAUAAUUUACAUAUAAGAAUAAAUUGUUGACAACUAUAGAUUAAGUUUAUACAUGCACAGCUUACAUUUAAUGAAAUCUUAUGUGCAAUAAGUUACUACUUGUAAAAAUCAAAUAUGCCCUUAUAAGGAAAACUAAAGGCAAUGUCAUUUUUAUAUAUUUUUUAUAUAAAUAUUUUUAUAUAGAGCACUUCAAAUUUCUUAAAUAAUUGUAAAACUGAAUAGAGUAUUUGAUCAAUGCAAUGACUAUUUCUUACAUGAAAUGUAUAGCCUUUUUAUAUUUUAUUUUAUUAUAGUAUAAAAAUUACUGAUUGCACAUUUAUAUUCCUUUUUUUUUUCUUUAUUGAAACAUUUAACACACACAUAUAUAUAUAUACAUUGGUUAAUCAAUAGUUUACAUCUGUUAUAUACUACGUAUGUUUAUUGCCAAAUUUAAUUUAACCAAAAGAGUACAAUUUUCAACAUAUAUAAGCAUGGCUAUGAGCCAUUUUUUUUUCUUUUUUAAUUUACUUUUCAUCUACAAAACAUUACGAUUUGAUGCUGAGUCUCCAAUUACUGUGUACAUGUCUACAAUUGAUAUCAUUUAUACAUGUAAAUGCCAUAUAAAAAUAUAAUAUGUGUUUUGAUGUACAAAGUUGUGUAAGAGGAUUUGCUUGCGGACAGCAUUAAUACAAUUCCUUUCAAGGGCGUAUUAUUAUAUUUCUGUAAGACUUU